GGCCACCAUAAUUGACGUGGCGAAAACUAUACAUUGGUUUUCCAUUUCAAGAGUGAGGAACAAAAUUGAACGCCAAAAUCAGUAUUGGUGGCCGGCAAUGCUUCACCGGAAAAUCCAGCGUCUGAAUGGCGCUCUCCUGCUUUUCGCCCUUCUACCUCUCUCUACACUUGCGCGGCCAUUUGUUCUUGUUCUGUCCCAGGACGACCUAUCCGACGCAGCCGCCGCCGUUUCCAAUCAACCCUCUCCGCCCGAUGACGUUUCAGAUUUCGACGACUUCCCCGAAUCGGAGUCCAAAUCCGAUUCCAUCCUCGACCCUGGCUCGUGGUCUCCGCUGUUCGAACCAGAUCUAAAUUUUCAAGACCCUAACCUUAGUGAUAAUGAUGAGGUGAUUUAUUACAACGGGGUGAGGAGGAUGGUGGAGGCAGCUGCUAAAGGAGAAUUUAGGAUUAUGGAGGAGGCUGCGGCGGAGAUUGAAGCAGCGGCAGCAGAUGGACAUCCGCACGGGCAGUCGGUGAUGGGGCUUUUGUAUAGUAUGGGAAUUGGAAGAGAGAGAAAUGAGGGAAAAGCCUUUUUGCAUCAUCAUUUUGCAGCGCAGGGUGGUAAUAUGCAGUCUAAGAUGGCCUUGGCGUACACUUACUAUCGACAGGAAUCCAUUCUAAAGGGAUUAAGUGUCUUUUAUCUGUUGUGCUUGUAUGAUUUGAAGACUCCUAUGACUACGGUGAAGUUGUACGCUGAAUUGGCAGAGAUAGCAGUGAAUAGUUUUCUCAUCUCGAAGGACUCACCUGUAAUUGAACCAAUAAGAAUCCACAGUGGUGCGGAGGAAAACAAGGAAGCUCUCAGGAAGUCCCGAGGAGAGGAAGAUGAAGAUUUCCAGAUUCUGGAGUACCAGGCACAAAAAGGGAAUGCAGGAGCAAUGUAUAAAAUUGGUAUAUUUUACUAUUUUGGCCUUAGAGGCGUGAGGCGUGAUCAUGCCAAGGCAUUGAGGUGGUUCUCAAAGGCAGUAGAGAAAGGUGAGCCCAGGUCGAUGGAACUUCUUGGAGAGAUAUAUGCGAGAGGUGCUGGGGUUGAAAGGAACUACACUAAAGCUCUCGAGUGGCUAACGCUUGCAUCAAAACAACAGCUUUAUUCUGCUUAUAAUGGCAUGGGAUAUUUAUAUGUGAAGGGCUAUGGAGUAGAGAAAAAGAACUACACCAAGGCAAAGGAGUAUUUCGAGAAAGCUGCUGACAACGAAGAACCUGGUGGAUUCUACAACCUUGGUGUGAUGUAUCUUAAGGGACUUGGACUGAAAAGGGACCUGAAAAUAGCAACCAAGUACUUUGCCCUGGCCGCUAAUGCAGGUCAGCCAAAAGCAUUCUACCAAUUAGCGAAGAUGUUUCACACUGGUGUGGGGCUCAAGAAGAAUCUUCCUAUGGCAACAGCAUUAUAUAAAUUAGUUGCAGAGCGCGGUCCUUGGAGUUCCUUAUCCAGAUGGGCUCUGGAGUCGUAUCUAAAAGGUGAUAUUGGCAAGGCUUUCCUUUUGUACUCAAGAAUGGCAGAGAUAGGAUAUGAGGUGGCACAAAGUAAUGCUGCUUGGAUUCUUGAUAAAUAUGGGGAAAGUAGUAUGUGCAUGGGGGAAUCAGGACUCUGUACAGAUGCUGAAAGGCAUCAACGGGCGCAUGCCUUGUGGUGGAAAGCUUCUGAGCAGGGUAAUGAGCAUGCUGCUUUGCUGAUAGGGGAUGCAUAUUACUAUGGUCGGGGUACAGAUCGGGAUUAUGAUCGUGCAGCGGAAGCCUAUAUGCAUGCAAAAUCUCAGUCAAAUGCUCAAGCAAUGUUCAACCUGGGGUACAUGCAUGAGCAUGGGCAAGGGCUACCACUGGAUCUUCACCUUGCCAAGCGCUACUAUGAUCAAGCUUUGGAAGUUGAUCCUGCUGCAAAGUUGCCAGUAUCACUAGCGCUUGCCAGUCUGUGGAUCAGAAGAAAUUAUGCCAACAGUUUCCUUGUUGAUAUAAUCGAUUCACUUCCUGAAGUUUACCCGGAAGUGGAGGCCUGGGUGGAGAAUGUGAUUAUGGAGGAAGGAAACGCAACAAUCCUGACGCUGUUUGUUUGUCUCCUUACGGUUCUUUACUUGCGCGAGCGUCAAAGGAGACAUGCUGCUGCUGCUGCUGACGGAGGAGUUCCCCCUGUCGAGCAGGCUGCUGUACCUCUUGGACAGUCACGGCUUCCAGUUUUAGAACUGACAGAAGACAAAGGAUUACAGAAUCACAGCUCUGCUGAAUGGGAAGGAUUAGAUUUGUGGUGGGAAUACUUUAUACUUCUGCUUUUGCUCAGCAUUCAGCAAUCUAGUAAAAACCUCAUACAACAACAACAUACCCAGUACAUUCCCAACAGGUUGGGGUCUGGGGGUCAGUUGUACGCAGACUUUACCCUUGUAACUAUACAAGGAGGUUGUUUCCGUAGCGACCCAAGGAGAAUUGUCAACAAUGACUCUUCCAGCUCCAUUGGCAAUGGACAAAAGGGUAUUCAAGAACAUAAGUCUACUAGAUACUUGGAGUUGCCUCUAGGCAUUAGGAGAUCUAAAAAAGAGUCAUUUGAGUUUGUGGUGAGGGCUGUGAGGUCAAAGUUAGUUAGCUGGAAAAACAAUAUGUUGAAUGGUGCUGGUAAAGAGGUCCUAAUCAAAGCUGUGAUAGGGGCUCUUCAUGUGUUUUCUAUAUGGAGCUUCAUGACAUCACCCAAAUCUGUGGGGGGACUGGGAUUCAAAGAUAUCAACCUCUUUAAUGAAGCUCUUAUUCUGAAGCAAUUGUGGAAGAUAGUCUCUCAACCGAACUUGCUGGUGAGGGACAAGUUCAAACAAUAUUUUAAGGUGGAGGUCAGAAAUGGAAGGUCUUCAAACAUUUGGAACGAUCCAUGGAGUCCUAAGGUGGAUCUGCAGCACAUGGAAGGAGGUGGGAGUGUUACAAGAGGAGUGCAAUGGGUUGAAGAGCUAUUGGAAGACGGGGGAAGAAGAUGGAACAUGAGGUUGGUGGAAGAGCUGUUUUCUAGUCCUGUACAAGAGGCUAUUCUUAAAAUCAAGACACUUGAUCCUCUUUUAGCUGACAGAUGGAUCUGGACUUUGGAUGACAAAGGUAAAUUCUCUGUGGCUUGUUCAUAUCACUAUCUGUUGGAACAUAAGAUUAGAUUAAUGGACAUUGCUGAGGGUAGUUACUCAAAUGUGAAAGAUAGAAAGGUAUGGAUGAAAAGUUCGGGUCUGAAGAUAAAGAACAAGCUUAAACACUUUAUCUGUGUUAUACAAAUGUUCUGCCAGUGA